GUUGGAGGAGCAACACCUCUUCCCUGGAAGAGAUUGUUGGGAACGCAGAACUCCAAGCAAACUUGUAACAGACAGGUUCCUCCGCCCCAGACCUCCCCAAGCCCCCACCCACCACCCUGCGUCCCAGCUGAGUCCCUUGCAAUCAUCCAUCCAUCGCGAUUCUCAGGAAAGGAGGAGUCUGCCCAUUUCGGGGGCGCAGGGGACGCUGAGCACCAGGCAUGCCUGACAUUCCACUGGCUAAAAAGUUAGGGGGAUGGGGCAGCACCGGGCCGGCAACGCAGAAAACCUUGAGAAGCAAAACUGGUUCCACGCCACCGUUUCUAAAUUUUCUUUUAGCCUGUCCUAAGAGAAUUCCAUCCCCCUCCAUUCUAGGGAGAAGAAGUUAAAAUUAGGGCCAGGGCAGGACUGACACCCGCCAGAUGCGGGGAGGCUGUCCCCAGAAAUAAGCUGGUUCCCACCGCGAGGGGCGGGGCGGGUGCUUGCGGUCUCAGCCCAGCACAGGGGCUUGCGAAGGCCAGCCCCUCCCAGCAGCCUGCAAAGGUCUGGUCUCAAGCUUUAAAAUCCCAGGCGCCGCUGGCCUUGCACAAGUGUGCAAGCGUCUCCUCCCUGUCCGGCAGCGCGAUCGCCCGGGACCAGCCCAGCCGCCAGCCCCUCCGGCGUCCCGCUCUGCUCUCGGCACAAAGUGGAGCAGCGCCCAGGGCACGCUUUGCCGCGCGCCCGCCCCCCACGCUCGCCUCCUCCCGGGAGCAGCGGGUCCCAGCGAGCUGGCCGCUUGCAUGCACCCAGUGCCUGUCUCUUAUUCUUCCUCCUCCUCCUGCAAGCGUAACCAUGCUGUUCAGGGGCUUCCUCCUGGCGGUGCAAGCCUUGCAGCUUGCUGGUGCCCUGGACCUGCCCGCGGGCUCCUGUGCCUUUGAAGAGGACACUUGCGGUUUUGGUUCGGUGUUUGCGUUUCUGCCGUGGAUUUUGAAUGAGGAAGGCCAUUACAUUUAUGUGGAUACCUCCUUUGCCAAGCAGGGGGAGAAAGCCGUGCUGCUAAGUUCGGACUUGCAGGCUGAGGAAUGGAGCUGCCUCCGCUUGGUCUACCAGAUAACCGCGUCGUCAGAGCUUCUAUCAGAUCCCAGCCAGCUGAACCUCUACUUGAGAUUUGAAGACGAAAGCUUUGAUCGCUUGCUUUGGUCGGCUAGGGAACCUUCUGAUAGCUGGCUCAUAGCCAGCCUGGAUUUACAAAACAGUCCCAAGAAAUUCAAGAUUUUAAUAGAAGGUGUACUAGGACAAGGGAACACAGCCAGCAUCGCACUCUUUGAAAUCAAGAUGACAACCGGCUACUGUCUUGAGUGUGACUUUGAAGAAAAUCAUCUCUGUGGCUUUGUGAACCGCUGGAACCCCAAUGUGAACUGGUUUGUCGGAGGAGGAAGCAUUCGGAACUCUCACUCCAUCCUGCCGCAGGAUCACACCUUCAAGAGCGAAAUGGGCCACUACAUGUACGUGGACUCCGUUUACGUCAAGCACUUCCAGGAGGUGGCGCAGCUCAUCUCCCCCAUGACCACGGCGCCCAUGUCUGGCUGCCUGUCCUUUUAUUACCAGCUCCAGCAGGGGAAUGACAACGUCUUCUCCCUCUACACUCGGGAUGGGUCCGGCCUCUAUGAGGAGAUCUGGAAAAUGGACGCCCCAGGGAGUGCUGCCUGGAAUCUGGCGGAAGUCGAGUUCAGCGCCCCCUAUCCCAUGGAGGUUAUUUUUGAAGUUGCUUUCAAUGGUCCCAAAGGAGGAUAUGUUGCCCUCGAUGAUAUUGCUUUCUCUCCUGUUCACUGCCAGAAUCAGACAGACACUCCCUUCAGUGCUGCGGAAGCGAGCUGUGAUUUUGAGGAAGAUCUCUGCAACUUUUACCAAGAUAAAGAAGGUCCAGGUUGGGCCCGAGUGAAAGUAAAGCCCAACAUGUACCGGGCUGGAGACCACACCACAGGCUUGGGGUAUUACUUGCUGGCCAACACCAAGUUUACAUCUCAGCCUGGCUACAUUGGAAGGCUCUACGGUCCCUCCCUACCAGGAAACUUGCAGUAUUGUCUGCGUUUUUAUUAUGCCAUCUACGGGUUUUUAAAAAUGAGUGAUACCCUAGCAGUGUAUAUCUUUGAAGAGAACCACGUGGUUCAAGAGAAGAUCUGGUCCGUGCUGGAGUCCCCCAGGGGUGUUUGGAUGCAAGCUGAAAUCACCUUUAAGAAGCCCAUGCCUACCAAGGUGGUCUUCAUGAGCCUGUGCAAAAGUUUUUGGGACUGUGGGCUUGUAGCCCUGGAUGACAUUACAGUGCAGUUGGGAAGCUGCUGGGCUUCAGAGAGACUCCCACCUCCACCUGGAGAGUGUACUUUCGAACAAGAUGAAUGUUCAUUUACUCAGGAGAAAAGAAACCGGAGCAGCUGGCACAGGAGGAGGGGAGAAACUCCCACAUCCUACACAGGACCAAAGGGAGAUCACACUACUGGGGUAGGCUACUACAUGUACAUCGAGGCCUCCCACAUGGUGUACGGACAGAAAGCACUCCUCUCGUCCAGGCCUCUGCGAGGUGUCCCCGGAAAGCACUGCUUGACCUUUUUCUAUCACAUGUAUGGAGCCGGGACUGGGCUGCUGAGUGUUUACUUGAAAAAGGACGGAGGCCAUGAGGAGUCCCUGCUAUGGAGAAGAAGAGGUGAACAGAGCAUUUCUUGGCUACGAGCACUGGUUGAAUACAGCUGUGCGAGGCAACACCAGAUAAUUUUUGAAGCCAUUCGCGGGGUGUCAAUAAGAAGUGAUAUUGCCAUCGAUGAUGUGAAAUUUCAGGCAGGACCCUGUGCAGAAAUGGAAGAUACAGCUCAACAGUCAUCAGGAUAUUCCGAGGACUUGAAUAAAAUUGAAUAUUAAGAAAUUAUCUGAAUUAGACCGACUAAGCAAAAGUCAUACCUCUUUUUGGUCAAAAUGAAAGCAAAACAAAUGAAUACUGGACAGUCCUUAACUGUUUCAUAAGUUAUAAAAUGACUUUGAAGCACCCUUCUUCAUUAUUUGUGCAAAAUGAUCCUGACUCAGGGCUUUUUUUAUUUGUUUCUUUUUGCAUUUGACAACUGUUACUAGAAGUACAGGCUGCUGGUUUUGCAUACAUCUUUCAUCUAAAUUUUGGUACCAGGUAAAAACAUAAAUGUACUACGCUGUAGUCAUUUUAAAGUACACAAAUAAAGGGCACAAUCGAAGUGAUACGUGCUCACUCAGAGCUGCAUUCAGUGAAUGUACUGGGAAGCGAGUAGGGCUUGUGAGCUUCUUUUUGAAUUUCAAGUUUCAUAAAUAUUUUUGAAGUAAAUAAUGCUGGGUGUCGGUAAUAUCUGCAGAAUGAAUGCAGUAUUUCAUUAACAAGUUAGUCUGGGAAAAUAAAGUCUUAUUUUCUAUGUUUUAUUCAUGGAAAUGGAGUGUUAAUUUUUAAUCUUUUCACCAUAUGUGAUAACAAAAGGUCUUUUAUGAAUGUCCCAGGGUAAGUCAGUAUUAAUUAAUGCUGUAUUACAAGGCAAUGCUACCUUUGUUUUUUUCUCUUUGAACUACCUUUGAAAGUCACUAUGAGCACAUGGAUAGAAAUUGCACUUUUUUUGUAAAGCAAGCUUGAAAAUGUUUAUGAACACAUACCCAAUAAUUUUUAUAAACAAUUUUACAAAUUUUUUAUAAUAAAUGAUUUGGUAAGGUUUUGAAUAAUAGGAAUUUAAGCAGAUAUGCUAAACUACUGCUUUUUAUUUACUUGUUUAGAAAAUUGUAUAUAUGUGCAUCAAACAGCUGUUUAUGGAAUUAUAAAAUUAGCCAAUAAAAAGUCAUUUGAAAUUAA